UUGUCCUUCCCUUCCCAACGGCGGAAACUGCAUUUUCGGGGACGCGGGUCGCGCUCCCUCCUCGAGAAACGGCCCGGAAUCGCGCUUCCGCUCGCGCACGAGCGCACCCUUGCACCUGUCGAGUCGAUUGUCAGCGUCGGCGAUUGCGAGUCACCGCGCACGGAAAACAAGUUCGGUUGGAUCGACCAAUCUCUGGUGAAACAUGAGGUCUGUUCUUCUUCGAAGAACUUCCUCAACUGGUGCACACUGACAAGUUAGAGAGCAGCGAUGUACACUUGUUCGACUUUACUUGCCGCAACAGUUCGGAAAAUUCUUCGAAAAAGCACAUACAACGGCAACGAUAAAUUCAGAAAUUCCGGCUGAGGUCAGCAGAAUUCAGUUCAAAUUACCGGCAUUUCUGGUUAACUCGGACAGAGAGGACACGCACAUGAUGGAGAGAACGUGGCGGAAUAUACGGAAGACGGCCUUUAUCUUAUCGCUGCCCUUACUAUUGGCUGGUGUAAGGAGUGAAGCACCAUUGGACAGCAGCGCGCUGCCCCUGGAACACAGAUCGGUGUACGGUGCACCGGCUCAAUAUGGCCCGCCGGUCGUCCACGAAGAAAACUGGCCGUUGGCGUCGCCCGACACCCCGCAGAUCAAGAAUCUGCAGGUGCAGUGCGAGAAGACGCACAUGCGAGUGAACAUCGAGUUCGAUCGGCCGUUCUACGGCAUGAUCUUCAGCAAGGGCCACUACUCGGACCCGCACUGUGUGCAUCUGAAGCCCGGCACCGGUCAGCUAAGCGCGACCUUCGAGAUCUUCCUCAACUCGUGCGGCAUGAGCACGUCAGCGAAUCACCACGUGGCCGCUUACGGCGCACCCUCGCCGUCCGGCAGCUACGUGGAAAACACGAUAAUCGUGCAGUAUGAUUCCUACGUGCAGGAAGUGUGGGAUCAGGCGAGGAGGUUACGCUGCACCUGGUACGACUUCUACGAAAAGGCGGUGACCUUCAGGCCGUUCCAGGUCGACACGCUGCACGCCGUCACCGCCAACUUCCUCGGCGACAACCUGCAGUGUUGGAUGCAGAUACAGGUAGGCAAGGGCCCGUGGGCCAGUGAGGUGUCUGGCAUCGUCAAGAUCGGGCAGACCAUGACGAUGGUGCUGGCCAUCAAGGACGACGAGAACAAGUUCGACAUGCUGGUGAGGAACUGUGUUGCACACGACGGCAAGAGGACGCCGAUCCAGCUGGUCGAUCAAUUCGGCUGCGUUGUUAGACCGAAGAUUAUGUCUAGGUUCCAGAAGAUCAAGAACUUCGGCCCGAGCGCGUCCGUCGUUAGUUUCGCUUACUUCCAGGCCUUCAAGUUCCCCGAUAGCAUGAACGUCCACUUCCAGUGCGUGAUUCAAGUCUGUCGGCACAAUUGCCCUGAGCCUAAGUGUGGACAUCCUGGACUCGAGUAUGGGGCGCCGGCCGGCAUCUCUCACGAAUAUGGCGCACCGGUCUCGCAAGGUCUUGCUUCGGAGUACGGUGCCCCGCCUGUGCCCGAAUACGGCGUGCCGCCGGCUUAUCCUGAUCCACGACAUCCCAGUGGGCCAGCUGGAGCGUACAGCGAGCCGAAUCCGGACAUAGUUCCGGCACCGCAGGCGCAAACCUCGUCCUCUUCACCCAGCUCGACACCGGGCGACGCGACGGCGAGCAGUUCACCCCAGAGCUCUCAGGACAGUCUUCUUCCUCCACCUCCUCUGCCCGGCCACCCCUCGGCGUACCAGACUGUGAAGCGAAAAGGAACCGCCGGCACAGAGGAGCUCGAAGGCAACCUGGCCAUCCUCGGAGGUCGACCGAGGUCGGUCGAAGGUUUCCCGGCCGAGCUGAGAGGCGCCAGAAGGCGAAGGCAUGACGAGCCUCAUCUGGAAGAUGACGAUAGCAACGUCUAUCGCACGGUGACCCUGUUCUCCACUCACGUGUACAAGCGAGCGGCGCAGGAGAUGACGGACGUGAACACCUCGAGAGUCAUCCAAGUCGUGGCGCCGGGUGACGUCAACUUCGCCUUAGGCACGACGAAUUCCAGCAACGACAGCACCGUGGUGAUACAGAACGCCAGCGCGUCCUCCGACCCGGAGACGAUCUGCAUGAGCUUGCCGGGUUUCGUGGGUGGUCUGGUGAUGCUGCUGCUGGUGGUCGUGGUGGCAUCCCUAGUCGCGGCCUUCCUCUUCGUCAGGGUGCGCGCAGUGGACCGCAAGAACGUCGCGAUCGGCGGCAACAGCUUCGUGCAUCCGGCGUACGCAACUACGGAGAACUGCAGCGUGCCGAAUCCGGAGUUCGUCAAGGUCGCCAACUGAGGUGUGCCCGGUGCGCAAAAUCAAAAGAAACGGACUCACCGCAGCAGAGGAGGAAGAGACGAUCUUCCCCCGGAGAGGAUCGUCGACCUCGACGACGGGCAUGCUCCGGGACCGCACCGCGACACUACUUCAUACCGUAACUCGAGACACGCGCCGGAGAUUCUCCCCGUCGAAGGUUGCAGAGCCGCGUUUCUCUCCCCUCCUCUCCUCGUCGUGACCGGUGGCCUCUGGUGUCUAGUCUAGUCGCGGUCGUUAAUCGCGGUCGUCGAAUCAACGGGGACAACGACUAGAUCGAUAUCAAUCGCGGAGGCGUCAAUCUAACCGAGCGACAGGACGCGGGGGCUCUUGGAGUAGCAUGUAAAUAAGAGACCCGGAAGCGCGAGCGAUUCCACGGGAAAGUGGAACCACGGAGGAGAGAGGAAGGUCAUGAGAAAAAGAGACGCCGAUGUGGCGCGCGUUCCACCGGUCGCUCGGAGAGAAUCGGCUCUUCAUCAUUUCAGUCAGCGUGCGCGAGCUCACACAUGCCAGAUCGGGCGAACAAGUGCGCGUCGGUGGAUCGCGGUCGAUGGAGUGCGCGUCGUAUUAAUAAAUAUCCGAACCCCGCGUACCGCUUCCUCAUCAUGCCGCCGCAGUGAUCGACGUGACUGCCACAUCCCGGUGGUUGCUCGACCGUCCGCUGCCUGGCUUGGUAUCGGGCGAGCGCGGGGGACCGAUCGCCAGGAGUAGUCUCGGAGGGCAUUGUAAAUAAGCCGCGGGUAGUAGUCAGACGGCCCUUCAGGACGCCCGCUUGUCCCGCGUCUCUUUGAUCACCGUGUGCGUACACGCUGUUACUUAUACACGCAUCGUAUAUCAGCGAGCAUCCCCCAUACAGCAGAAGUGUCUGAAAGACUUCUUAAGCUUGACCCACAAUGUGUCCUUUGCUUCCUGUUUCUUUCUCUUUGUCUCUUUCUGACUCGAACCUUAAGCCAGAAAAAACAGAGAAGAAGUAGGAAGUAAAGAGCACAUUGUAGAUUAGGCUUCAAGGAGUAUUCACACCUGGGCAGGAAAGCAGAAAGCAGGAAGGCAGAAGCCAACCGGAACUCGCGCUGGUAGAAGAGCAGAAACUGUCAAUUACCAGGGCAACUGAUUGGUUUCUCCUUUUCUGUAUUGCCUUCGGCUGUACUGCCAAAGUAUGAAUUCUCUCUCAGAGACGUCUGAAUGAUGUCCCACUUGUUUUGGGCGUCCUUAGGAUGUGUUUAGACACUUGUGCUGCUUGGGUUCUCUUCGUCGUCGCCUUCGUCGUACCUCAUCGCGUCGUCUCGUGUGCGAUUCCGUACCGGCGAUUCGUUCUCGCGGAGAGCCGCUCUCGUCGCGACCCUCGACGUCAUAUGCCGACGUCGGCGGCGCUCGAUGGUGUGUACCAAUUUUCGCUUCCUUAGAUCUCAAGCGAUUCGGCGAGUCGGCGCUUGCCGGUGGAACACGUUUGUCUCGAGAUUGGAGCGCGAGCGUGCGGCGUCGUCGUCGUCGUCGUCGAAACGUAACGCUUGUUCUUUCCAAGUUCAAUUCAGGACGAAGAAUCGUUCUCGCUCAAGGGACCCUCGCCGAGCCGCUUAAGAUUCAACGAGAAGACUCUAUUUAUUAUCUCUCUUCUCUCUUUCUUCUUCUAUCCCUUUUUCUAACUCCACAUCUUCCCCUCCCUUCGUCUUGAUCGAUCUAACUUAACUUAUUGUUCGAAAUUGUGCGACUUUAUCCUCCCCUUUACUUUACUUUACUUCGCUUAGUACUUAAGGUAUCCCUCGAGGAAUAUUCCCGUCAAUUGGGAAUAUGUUUUACGUAUGUGUCUUAAGCACACCCACACUUACCAAUGCAUACACGUAUACACGUAUACAUACACACACCGCACACGGAUCCAGAAAACACACAGUUAACACACACGCGUACGUGGAUAACGUAUGCUUCAGACACACACACAUACACAGAUGCGCGGAAACGCGUAUCGUAAACGUUAUUAUACCAGCGCGAGAAAUGUAUUCGCGAAACAUCCAUUACGAUAACAUUAAUUAAUUGUUUGAGAAUUAUUUUAAUUACAUGAUCAUUUUUAUUUAUAUAAA